AUGUUCUCUAACAUUCAACUAUCUACCUCUGUUCCAUUCUUCUGCAACUCACUGCUAUUAAUGUCGGCCCGGCCCAAUGACAUUCCUCGCGUGGCCAACUUUGUCUCUGCCCAACCCAGCCCGACCGACACCCCGUCCGCACCUCCGCCAGCGGGAAUGACACCGCCUCCCCGAGAGCGGGUCCCACGGGCCUGUGAACACUGCCGGGCCCGCAAGAUCAAGUGCAAUGGCCAGCAGCCGUGCAAUGCCUGCGCGCGCCAUCCAGAACGAUGUCUCUACCGGACAGGAAGUAUCCGCCAGAGAAAGAACCGUCGCACCAAGGAAGCCCCGCGACCACCAGCUACCCUACUCCCUCUCCCAACCACCGAGUCGCCGACUACUCCAAGUGACUGGUCCCACACCAGUCUAAGCGAUGGCCCGGCGCAGUAUAAGCGACAUCAUGAGCUCCGCGCUGGCAUUGGCGUACAGAACCCAGAGACAGGGGCAUUCCAGUUCUAUGGACCCUCCUCCGGCUUCUGCUUCAUUCAUCGGGUCUACCAACGCAUUAAGCAAGGCUCAUCUAGUGAGCCGCUGCUUGCUCGUCGUAGCUGCUCCAUUCCAGAUGCCAUCCACCGAUUUGGUUUGGAGCGCUUCAUGUUUGCCCGGCCAGGGGACUCGGAUCCGCGGCGGACUCAUUUUCCGUCUCAGAUGUUCCUCCCAAGGGAGUUGGGUGACCAGUUCAUUGAGGCCUAUUUCCGCAUCAUGCACCCGCAAAUACCCAUAUUAAUCAUGUCUGAGAUUGUCGAUGCUUGGAACCAAAUGUGGGAAACUCCUGUUCGAGAUCACAGCGUCAAAAAUCAGGAUAUCUUAUUUAUGGUGCUGGCUAUCGGCGCUCGGGUCGCCAAUCUGAGGGGGAAGCAAUCUGAAAGCAGUGUCGCGGCCUGGGCCGAUUACUUCUCCAGUCGAGUAUCUGAGGGGCCCAUCUUUCUACAAGAACCGAGCAUCCGGGGUGUACACUUGAUGCUGUUGAAGUCAAUGUACGCGUUGCAACUGAUGCGACAAAAUGAUGCUUAUCUUUACCUGGGUCAUGCCACCCGCACAUGUCUCGUACUAGGUCUGCACCGGGCCCAGGUCACCGAUGGUCGCGAUCCCAACGUGCAUCGGCUGCGUUUGACCUUCUGGACGACAUUCUUCUGCGAACGCAUAUUUUCGCUGUAUAUGGGUCGUCCGUCGAGCCUUUCUGACCGACAAAUCGACACAGCAUACCCCGAAGACCUGCCGCAGAAUCUUUAUGACGAUACUUGCGCGCCUAUGCAAGAAUGUGCGUUCAUUCGAGCCAUGGGCGAGAUUUCCAAGCUGGCAGAUCGCAUCUCUAUUGAGAUAUAUUCACCCGCCAGCAUAAAAAACCCCACAGAUCUGGACAAGCUCAGCCAAGUCAGCAUUGAAUGCGACCAAGCCCUCCAAGCUGUCACACCAACACUACCCAGUUACCUGCACUUCUUCGAUGACACGGUCCCAAUUGGUGAGCCGUGGCAGGAGAUUCAACGCGUGAGCCUUGGAUUCUGCUACUACGUCGUCCGGAUGCUUCUCUCCCGUCCGGCACUGGUGCUCACAACCUUCUUCACCUCAGUACAAGAAGCCCAAUCUGCCACUGGCUGCACCGAGCUCCAAGCCUAUAUCCAUUCAUCGACUUCUGCUGCCCGGAAUUUGAUUCACCUGGCUCAUGACGUCUAUUUCCGUCGCUUUCCAGAGAUCCGCUAUGAUGGGGCGUUGGCCUCGUUUCUUGUAUCUGCAACGUUGACUCUUUUAUAUGAUGUGCUUAACUUAGGAACAGAUCCGGACCGAGCCAGGCAGACCUUCACGGUCGUUGAGAAAGCGAUAAAGUGUCUGGAUGAGAUAGAACAUACAGGGUAUACGUCAGGCAAGGCGUUGAGCUUGGACCUGAUGAGAGUGGCUAAGCAAGCUGUGCAAGCGUCCGAUCCCGUGGUGGACACAAACCAGGUCUUGAUGGAUGCGUUCCCGUGGUUAGAUAACUGGGCAUCUGCCCCGGUCGGGGAGAAUCCCGAUCUGUCAAUGUAUACGUUUCCCCCGGCGGACGUGGCGGUCAUUGGCUCUUUGGCGGGGAAUGAAGUCGGUUGGACCGAGACGGACGGCAACCAUCUCUGGUUGGGCAAUGGGUUCGAGCCGAAUGCGAUGCCGGGAUGUCUCUUUUAA